UCUCCUUUUUCCCUUUCUUCUACAUAAUACUUCCCAGAUGCAUAAAGAAUUUCAUCAGUUGGACGUCACUGAGCAUGUAUUAGAGAAGGGAUUAAUUUCUUUGCAGCUCUGAAAAUAAGUGAAAACCUGUGUAUAUUUACAUAGAAGGAAAGGAUACUUAUCUAAGCUUUUCAAGUGGGCCUAUCACAGUCCAUAAAAGAUUGAGAAUUGUGUUCGUUUUUCAUUCCGAUACUUUUACAGCAAAAAUUAUACUGCAUAAUAUUUUCCUGUGCAUCCACAGAAUCUUUAAGUAUUUUCAAGUGUGCCUAUUGUACUCUGCAGUACUCUGCAGGCCUUACUCUCAACGUGGAAUGCAUGUUUCCAGUCCUUUUUGUAUUCAUGAACAGGAUCGCAGAUGUUUUUCAGCCAGGGUCUGUCAGCUCUCAAAAAAAUCAAGUCACUAGGUGGCUCCUGCCACUUGUUGGGGCUCAAGUGACCUGAGAAAGUAAUUAUCAGUAGCAGAGACUUGUUCUGCCCUUUUCUUCCUCUGGCAGUGCCCUCCACCUACUCUGCAGACAGGGCUACUCCAUCUGCCUUGACAACUUCUAGACAGAAGUGAGAGGAGCAAGGGUCCCAGCAGGGAGGCCACGGGCCAAUGAGUAAAAGAAAGGCAGGCUUCCCCUCUCUCUGCCUCCUUCAACUUUUUCCUGGUGUCCUCGCCCACAUCACACCACCACACCACUGCCAGCUUUCAUUCACCCUCAGCCAUGCCUUCCUAAGUGUAAGCAGGUCAGCAAUCCAGCAGCUGUGCAUCCGUUUAGAGGAAGUCUGACAUUCCAAGGGACAGCCGCUCUGAGCCCAGCGAGUUAGGAAACGGAGGCAAUAGGCAGCUCCCAGCUUUCAUGUGUUGUUGGGAUGUUAUUAAAUCCGGUGGAGUUAGGGUACUGGGACAGGGUGCCCAACCCUUGUCCUGUUGCCCUGAGUUCCCAUCGCUGCUGCCAAGCCCGGCUCAGCAGCGGGCAGGGGAUCUCAGAGCCAGCGUAGGUCACCCCCUCUUCCCCCAGCUCACGGCGGUUGGUGGGCGAGCGUCCUGGGCAGCUGGGAUGAUGAAACCCAUCCCACCAGCAGAAUGGGACUCCCCUCAAAAGCCCGCCCUCACCCCUCCUUCCUUCCUCCCUCCAGUGCUAAAAGGUCUGGCAGGAAGGAGCAACAGCUGCAGCAGACUGGGCAGCCUUCCUGGGAAGAUGCAGCUGCUCCUGCUCCUGGCAGCCUUCCUCCUACCCCCUGGGGCUGGGGCAGGGGAGAUCAUCGGAGGCCAGGAGGCCAGGCCUCAUUCCCGCCCAUACAUGGCAUAUCUUCUGAUCCAGUCUCCAGAGGGCCUGAGCAGCUGUGGGGGGUCUCUGGUGCGAGAAGACUUUGUGCUGACAGCAGCUCACUGCUGGGGAAGAUCCAUAAUGGUCGUCCUGGGGGCCCACAAUAUCGGGAGGGUGGAAAGUACCCAGCAAUAUAUACCUGUGCUCAGAGCCAUCCGCCACCCUGAAUAUGAUCAGCAGAACAUCCGGAACGACAUCAUGUUGUUGCAGCUGCGGUCUAGAAUCAGACAGAAUCAAGCCGUGAGGACUGUGGCCCUGCCUCAGACCCAGGCCAGGCUGGGUCCUGGGGCCUCAUGCACCGUGACAGGCUGGGGCCUGGUGGGCCCGAACAGGCAGACAGACACACUCCAGUACGUAGAGCUGACCGUGCAGAGGGAUGAGGUGUGCAGCAACCGCUUCAUGUCCUACACCGGCCAAACACAGAUCUGUGUGGGGGACAGAAGGGAGAGGAAGUCCGCUUUCCUGGGGGACUCCGGAGGCCCCUUGGUGUGUGACAGUGUGGUCCGUGGCGUUGUCUCCUAUGGAGAUAUCUUGGGUACCCCUCCAGCAGUCUUCACCAGGGUGUUAAGCUUCAUGCCCUGGAUAAAGAGAACAAUGAGGCGCUUCAAACAGCAAGGCCAGACUAAGACCACCCUGUAAUUAACUUCACCAGCUCCAAGGGGGUUUCCAGAGCCUUAAUAAACAUCUGUGCCUAGAGAGGAAAUAACCAGUUUCUCAUUUGUUCAUUAAGCAUCAUUUAGUACACAACAAAUGUGUGCCAAGACAGAGGCUGAGCUCUUCCAGGAGAAUGGGGUCCCUUCCCCAGGACAAAUGAACCCCUCCACACCUUCCUAGGGAUCAGGAGAAGCUUCUUCCCUGCUCCAAGCCACCCAUUCCCCCCAUCUCUCCUCCCCAACGGCCUCAGAGAACGAUAGAACAUACUGCUCCCCAAGACAACAUUCUCUACUCUCCACCCUACCAAGGCUCCCCUACAAGGUAUGAAAGUACCACAGCAUGUGCUGUUGGUGUGUCAAACAGGAAGACCAAAGGGACACAACUGAAUUUCCAACAAGGCCCUUUUUAACAUAGAAUAAAGGUAGCAUCUCAAAUUCCUGGGAACAAUGAACUUUUAACAGAUAGUGUUAGAACAACCAGACAGCUACUGUGGGGAAAAGAUAAAAUUGGGUCCGUGCUUCACACCAUAGUCCAAAAUAAACCUCAAAUGGAUCAGAAAUCUAAAUGUAGAAAGCUAAACCAUAAAAGUACUGGACAAAAAAAUUUGCUGGCUUAAAAACAGCUAACAAACACCCAUGUUCACAGCAGCACUGUUCCCAGUGGCCCCAAAUAUCUAUUGACAGCUAGUCCUUCUCCUUAACCCCAUGCCACACCAGUUCCCACGUAUUAUAGACCAGUGUUCUCAUUUGCAAUGUGACAAAGGUCUGCUUCUUGUUUUGAUAAAGUUAUACAAAACUCCACAUA